GAGAGGAGAGGGAGAAGAGACUAGGAGGAGUGGAGAACACAACGGACAGCGUUCAUGCACACGCGUUAGCUUUAAAUUGCCUAUCAACAUAGAGACAUUAAAUGAGAAGCUACUAUGCAAAAAGGGAUGCUGAAUACGAAAAGGGAGAGAAAUGCCCUUAUCGGUCGUCUCAGCAAUAAUAAUAUAGCACGCGCCCUUUACAAAAGUAACUGAUACCGCACAAAAGCAGGGAAACGGAACGGGGGAGAGAGCAGCAGCGAACUAUGCACUGAGGAUGAUUUCUGCCAGAAAAACUCCGGAGAAGAGUCGCUAUCACCUACAUUAUCUGGUGUGGCAUAACAAACACCGGCAGCUGGAGAAAGAGCUCUCAGCGCGCGAGCAGGUCGAUUUAGAAGUGUUGGACCCACGGGGUCGGACUCCUUUGCACCUGGCCGUGACACUGGGUCAUUUAGACUGCGCCCGUCUGUUAGUCCAGCAUGGAGCCGACGUCAGCAAAGAAAACAGAAAUGGUUGGACAGUGUUGCAGGAGGCCAUCAGCACACGUAACCCGGAACUGGUGCGGCUGGUGCUGCGUUACCGUGACUACCAGCGCACCACUAAGCGACUGGCAGGGAUCCCGCGACUGCUGGAGAGACUCCGACAGGCGCAGGAUUUUUACGUGGAGAUGAAAUGGGAGUUUACAAGCUGGGUUCCGCUUGUGUCUCGUAUCUGUCCGAGUGACACAUAUCGGGUAUGGAAGAGUGGCCAGUGCCUGCGGGUGGACACAACGCUCAUGGGAUUUGAGCAAAUGACCUGGCAAAGAGGCAAUCGCAGCUUCAUAUUCAGGGGUCAAGACUCCAGCGCCAUGGUAAUGGAAGUGGAUCAUGACAGACAGCUGGUGUUUUGCGAGACGCUGCCAUGCAACUCUUCCUCUCCCGCCUCACCCUCCCGCACAACCGCUUUGAGCCUUCUGGGGGCGCUGCAGCCCAGCGACGAACAGGUGGCGGCCCGUCUAUCCGCUCCCGUGGUGGCCACACAGCUUGACACCAGGAACAUCUCCUUUGAGAGGAAUAAAACAGGCAUUCUUGGCUGGCGGAGUGAGAAAACAGAGGUGGUGAACGGGUAUGAAUCAAAGGUUUACUGUGCCUCUAACGUUGAGCUGAUCACACGAACACGUACUGACCAUCUCACUGACCAGCACAAAACAAAACCCAAAGGCGGCAAGACACCUCUGCAGUCCUUCCUGGGUAUCGCUGAACAGCACAUUGGGCCUAACAAUGGACACACUAUGGUGACUCAGAUAUCAUGCCCUGCAACGAACCCAUUGGCCGUGACGGCUGAGGAGUACUUUAAUCCCAACAUGAGUCAGAGAGACAUUGGCCAGCCCUGUCACCUCACCACCAAAACACAAAGGUUCAAAGCCAAGCUGUGGUUGUGUGAAUCUCAUCCUUUAUCUCUGGAGGAGCAGGUGGCUCCUAUCAUUGACCUCAUGGCCAUCUCCAACGCCCUGUUUGCCAAGCUUAGGGACUUCAUCACCUUACGUCUGCCUCCUGGCUUCCCCGUCAAGAUAGAAAUUCCCAUCUAUCACAUCCUGAAUGCUCGGAUCACCUUUGGGAACCUAAAUGGUUGUGAAGAGGGUGGUUUGCCCCGGGUGGACACUGAAGGGGACGGACAAAAAGACAGUCCCAGGACGGAGACACCUUCUCCAGGCAGCGACUCUUCCAGCGUGUCCAGCUCUAGCUCCACAAACUCAUGUCGUGGAGGAGAGAUCCCACCUUGUGUUUUUGAGGCUCCGCGGGGCUACAGCGUUUUAGGAGGAAACCAGAGAGAGAACAUUAGAGAAGAGGAGGAUGAUCUGCUACAGUACGCCAUUCAGCAGAGCCUGAUUGAGGCUGGAUCAGAAUAUGACCAGGUGACAAUCUGGGAGGCUUUGACCAACAGUAAGCCAGGAACACACUCUCUGUCCUGUGACCCCAGCCGACACGAAAGGUCUGCACCUCAAACCCCACAGCACAAACCCAUAGAGAGCCCUCGCAGCACACCGACCAAUAAGCCACCGCGCAGCUAUGAUGAGCAGCUGCGUAUAGCCAUGGCACUGUCCGCCCGUGAGCAGGAAGAGGCGGAGCUUCGUCAAAGGCGAGAGGAAGAGGAACUGCAGCGUAUCAUACAGCUGUCACUCAUGGAAAAGUGACAAGGAACCGAGAGGUGGCAGAGCAUGCCUGGGAAUCUGUAACCAGCGUGAACUACGAUUGGCCACUCCCAAACUCCCCACCCUCUUCUUCCAAAGAACUGGACAAAAUAGGCUGCUCUCCGGUCCAGUCACGAAUGAGUCAUUCAGAAUCACAGAGAAACCUCUGUCUUCACUCUGUUUACAAACACAAACUACUAAACUCAUGGCAAUCUACUGACUGAUCAGCACCAGUCUGGUCUCCUAACGUGUGAAUGUGCAAUUAUGACUGAGACGGUCCACGCUGCGUAUCUUACCGUUGUUUCUCAAAGCCAUCAUCCAAGCACUCACCCAGAGUUCUCGCAUAAUCACCGGAAGGUGUGAGUUUUGGAGGCAGUUGUCACUUUUUUCAGUUAUACGUUAUGGAUGUAAAGAACCUUAGUUUUGGUUGUUGAUACACAAAAUUCACUGCACUUGGAUUGAGGAGCCAUGAUGUCUCCUAAUAGAAUGUGCGAGGGCACUUACACACAAGAGUUAAUGCUGCAAAUCCAUCCCAUUUUGAUGGGAAUGCUGCAUUCACAAGGACGUAUGAAGAAAAACGCAAAUGUUUGCGAAAGUGACACUCCGUUAUUACCAAAAGUUGCUUUCUAACACUUUUAAAGAAAAUAAGUUUUGCUGCAGUAUACUCAAAUGUCAGUACGUUAACCGCUGAACUUUGAGAAUCUCAGAUAGGCGGGUCCAGCUGUGAUUUUGGAAAUCUAAUUUUAUGUACUCCCAUUUGAUUUCAAUCUAAAGACCUGUUCACACCAGCAUGACUGUUCGGCAUGGAAAUUCGGUCCAAUUUUCGGAAGCAAAAAUACAGGCUGACUGAAAAUGCUAAUUCACUGUAGGUAACACUUAUGGAAAAGCAGAAACACCCCAGUACAGAAAAGCUCCUUACAUAGAAUAAAGGAAGACAAACAGUAUCAGUAUGUUUUCAAAGAGAUGUUUAGAUUUUUGUAUUUGGUAUAGUGUUUAUCAAACACCUCUUAAUGCAAGAGUACAGAGACAAGAGAGCUGGUUCAGGAUUCUUCUGCUGUUUACUCUCACUUACUGUUCCUGAGGGCCACCAAAUUGUGGUUUUAUGUAACAGCAUUAGCUAUGGUCACAUGACCAAAAGCUUUAAUCUUGGUUGGCCAGUUUUCUUCGCAGUGCAGUGGAAUAAAGCAAUAAGCCCCAAGAAGCCAUGGUUUACAGUGAAUUUAUAACAGCCAAGGGGUGUUGUUAAAACCCCCUUAGCUGUUAUAAAUUCACUGUAAACCACGGCUUCACUGGGCUUAUUGCUUUUAUAAAACGGUUACCACACAAUACAAAUAUUAAAGCCAAAAAAUAUGUAUCAAUGCAACUUUCAUGAAGUAAAAUCAUUAAAAGACUUCCUUCCGCUGGAAAAUAUAGUCCCUGACCAUGAACAGCAACAGAGGUUAUAUUUAUUACGCCAUUAGAUGGCAGCAAAGAUUGUCUGUCAGUGUCAGCGUGGCAUGGGAAAACCCAUUUAAUGUUAAAAGGACAAGAUCUCAGCGGACAUUCAAACGUUUUUUUAUUAUGAACAUAGGACUGACCUGAAGGAAAAUGCUAAAUUUGAAUGCAGGUAAUACACUCGACCACUCGAUAUCUCUCUCACAAUACUCUUCUACAUAAUGCAGUAAGCUUCAAUGAACAAAAUCAAUAGAGAACAAACAUAUGUUUACGUUGCUAAGAGUGGUUGCUAAGACAGUAGCAGCCAACAGACACAUUCAAUGGCGCAGCAAUACUUAUGAAAUGCGGUCAGCUGUUUUUGGGAGUUUUACAACGGCUUCAAACGCGGCUCAACCAUUCAGGAUUAAGGGCCGGAACUAUCCGUUUUAUAAAAGAGAUUAGACCACCUCUCUGUCAAAUACUAAUACAUUGGUGGCUUGAAAAUUUUUUCUUUCGGUCAUUCAAAUUAAAAUGUUUAUCACAGGUGUGAACAGGUCUUAAUCCGGUUCUUUCCGUACCUUCAAAACGAAUUUUGCGCAAUCAUAUCCUUAAAAUUCUCCGCCACACUUUUUGUAGUGUGUAAGCGCCCUAUAAAGGGAACGUCAAACCCUGCGUUAAGACAGCAGGUUGGCACCCACCCUUUGCGCACUGUCAACGGCAUGAAUUUUAUUUAUUCUCCAGAUUGAUAAUCCGAACGCUAGAGAAAUUAUUGUAAUGGUACAAUAAAAAGAGUGAAUGGAAAAAACAAGCCAUUUUCAGGUACACGUCAUUAAUGACUAAAUGAUUCCUUUGAAUCUGAAUCAAAUGCUCAUUGCAAUAUUCAUCAUGUGUGUCUUUUCAGAAAAAAAGACAUUAUUCGCAUACAACACAAUGUGUGCGUUCUACUUCAAAUGGUGCUAAGUUGACUCUUGGGUACUUUAAUCAGUGUAAUUGUCACGACAUGCAUUCAUCUGUCUGUUCAAUCACUCGACAACACCGUUUCUUUCCCGGCCUUCAUUCAGUGCUUCCUUCAACAUUACCAUCAAGAGCUCAUUGUCUCAUGACCGAAACACCUGCGGUAGCUAAUCAAAAAUCUAAUUGUGCUUUUAUAAGGGGUGCCAGUUCUGGAAUAAAACAUGAAAGGAGGAAUCACUCACCGAGAUAAUGCCCUGAGCGAAGACGAGGGGCAAAAUUUUAUUGGAGAAUCUUAAAAUAGAUCUUUCUCCUUAGUCAGAUUUAUUCUGGGCCUGAGUGACGUGCCCUCAGGGUUUGACGUAUCAGGUGAAUCUUUGAAAAACAAAUUAGGAAACAUGGCCAUACUCCACAUCUGAAAAGCUUCGAUGUAAAAAACACAAGGGAUUAACCGUCAAUUUUCAAAGGAAGCGGAUCUAAUGACGCUAUCUGGAGACAGAGCUCCUAAUAAACACGUAGAUUGAUUGUGCGACUUGUGAAUGCCUGGGCUCAGUCAUUAAGAAAUGCUCGAUAUGACUUCACGUUUUAGUAUACCAUAUUAUAAGAGCAUUAUUUAUAUUUAACAUUUUUUCAUUUGAAUUUGGUUGACGUGGUUUGUGUGGAGUGCUGCUGUUGUGUUUGUAUGUGACUGAAAUAUAUUGUUCACAUUUGUAACCUAAAGACAUUCUGAAUAAAGGAUAAGACAUCGAAAUUAACAUGAAUUUUCAA